GCCGUCACUGACACUUUUCGUGGCUUUAGUUUUGUUCUUUUUCUUUUCCUAUUGUCUUAUUUUGAGUUGGCAUGUCUGGGCGCGGCAAACAAGGGGGGAAAGCUCGCGCUAAAGCUAAGUCGAGAUCCUCUAGAGCAGGCCUCCAGUUUCCAGUAGGUCGAGUACAUCGUUUGCUGCGUAAAGGUAAUUAUGCCGAAAGGGUAGGGGCUGGUGCACCAGUCUAUUUGGCUGCUGUUCUGGAAUAUCUGACAGCCGAAAUUUUGGAGCUGGCGGGUAAUGCUGCUCGGGACAACAAGAAAACUCGUAUAAUUCCCCGCCACCUUCAAUUGGCUAUCCGUAAUGACGAAGAGCUCAACAAGUUGUUGGGCAAAGUGACCAUUGCUCAGGGCGGUGUUUUGCCCAACAUUCAGGCUGUACUUUUGCCAAAGAAGACAGAGAGUCAUCAUAAGAUCAAAACCAAGUAAAAUACCUGGGCUCGGGGUCCGGGAGAAAUCUCCAAAACCAAAGGCUCUUUUAAGAGCCACUUAACAAUUUUAGAAAGAGCUUUUCACGUAACAGUAGCUGCUGGGAUGAAAGUAGACUGAAUAUUUUCUAUAAAUUAUCCUUUGUAUUAGAAACUUAAAGAACAUUACAUGUACUGAGAAGUCAUUACAAUGGUCCAGGAAGAAGGUGAGGAAAGGGACAUGAAAGUGGUAUUUAGGUUAGACAUUAAAAGUACAGGCAGAUAAGUGAAUGGAAAGGAAGGUGUUUAAAGAAAGAUAGGUGUGAGUAUAGUAUAUAUUAAGGCAUAAAAUGGUCAGUUUUGAAAUACAGAGAACAUAAGUAACAGGAAAUAAGAUAGAAUAAUUAGGGUGUUAAAGUUAUGGUGAGGCUUAAAUUCCGGGCAAAGGUACUACUAAACAUUUCUAAGUUAAUGAGCAGAAUUAUGAUAAAGGAAAAAAUUACUUGGGCAGCAAGGAUAAGACCUGGAUUGGAACAGGAAAAAUGGAGUUAAGAUUUUGAAAUUGUCAAGGUGGGUAACAAAUUCUCUUAGGGUGGUAACAGUAAGGAUAGAGUCAAGAGACAUGGAUGUAAAACGAGGCCUGGAAACUUCUGGAUUUAAAGACUAAAAUAUAACCCCACACUUAACUAAUAUGAGAUGUCAGUUUUUAUAACAAUAUCACAGAGAGACAGUAACAUCAGGAAGAAAAGUGGGCUAAACAUAUAAUGCACCAAAUCAAUGAUAUGUUGGAUGUGAAGGACUAUUGGAAUAUUCAAAUGUAAAAAACAAAAACUACACAAAUGAGAUGCUGUGUCUAGAGUUCCCAACAAAAGGCAGGACUAGAGAUAGAUUUGUUAAAAGUGGGUAUAGAUAGAGAGUAAGCAGGAAUAGACUUUAAAUUGAAAAAGAGGAUUGGGUAGGAAAUAAACUAGUGCUUAAAAGUAAGAAAGGAAUUGGGAUACUGUAUUGUCUUUGUGGCAUUUUGGCCUUUUUUUUUUUUUUUGUAGCCUUCCUUCAGGAAGUCAAGUAGAAUGGCUGAAAAAUACCAUUUAUUUGAAGCAUUAAGAAGUUAUUAAUGACCUUAAGACAAUAGAAUGGUAAGGAAACAAGAACAAUCGCAAGUUAUAAAAUCCUGCGAAUGCCCUUCCUUGGUACAAUUUUUUCUGCUCUGCUCCCUGUCAGCUUUAGAAAUGAGAUCUAAGUGUCCUUGGAAAGCUAAGAACAUUAACUGUUCUGGGCUCAGAAAUAGGUAUCUCUGUGAGUCUCAAACAGAUCUCUCUGCAAUAAUUGGGUCAAUAACCUGAGUUAAGAUCUAGGUAUCUUCAUUUUUAGUCAAUCUGGAAGAAAAAAAGAUCAAGAAGUUCAAGGGGGAAUUAAUGAAAAAAAAUGCAAAUGAAGGUAGCCUAGCUGUAUCAGACCUAAAACUGUAUUAUAAAGCAGCAGUCAUCAAAACCAUUUGGUAUUGGCUGAUCAGUGGACUAGGUUAAGUUCACAAAACACAGUAAUCAAUGACUAGUAAUCUAGUGUUUGACAAACCGGAAGACCCCAGCUUUGGAGAUAAGAACUCACUAUUUGACAAAAAAUGCUGGGAAAAUUGGAAAUUAAUAUGGCAGAAACUAAGCAUUGACUCACACCUAACACCCUCUGCUAAGAUAAGGUUGAAAUGGGUUUAUGAUUUAGACUUAAAGAGUGAUGCCAUCAGCACAUUAGAAGAACAAAGGAUAGUUUGCCUCUCAGUCUGUAGAGCAGGAAGGAAUUUGUGGUCAAAGAAAGAAGUAAAGUAUAAUAUGGAAUGCAAAAUGGAUAAUUUUGAUUAUAUUAAGUUAAAAAGUUUUUAUACAAACAAAAUCAAUGUAGACAAAUUAGAAGGAAAGCAGUAAACUGGGAGGGAAAUUUAUAUCCAAAGUUCUGAUAAAGCUUUCAUUUCUGAAAUAUAUAGAGAAUUUACUCAAAUUCAUAAUUCAAACCAUUCUCCAAUUGAUAAAUGGGCAAAGUAUAUAAACAGACGAUUUUGAGGUGAAGAAAUUGAAACCAUUUCUAGUCAUUUAGAAAAAGCUCUAAAUCACUAUUGAUCAGAGAAAUGCAAGUUAAGACAAUUCUCAGGUACCACUACACACCUCAAAUUAGCAAAGAUGACAGGAAAAGAUAAUGAUGAUUGUUGGAGGGUAUGUGAAAAAACUGGGACACUAAUACAUUGUUGGUGGAGUUGUGAACAGAUCCAACCAUUUUGGAGAGCAAUUUGGAACUAUGUCCAAAGGGCUUUAAAACUGUGUUUUGAUCCAGCAGUGUUUCUAUUGGACUUAUAUCCCAAAGAGAUUUUAAAGAAAGGAAAGGGACACAAAUGUACAAAAAUGUUUGUGGUAGCCCUUUUUGUAUUGGCAAGAAACUGGAAACUGAGUGGAUGAAUGCUCAUCAAUUGUAGAUAAGUUAUUGUAUAUGAAUAUUAUGGAAUAUUACUGUUCUAUAAGAAAUGAUCAGCAGGAUGACUUAAGAGAGACCUGGAGAGACUUACAUAAACUGAUGCCAAAUGAAAUUAGCAGAACCAGGAAAUCAUUGUACAUGGCAACAUUCCAUGUUUCAGGCCAAUGCCUGAUCUUGUGAUGGAGAGAAUCAUCUUCACACAGAGAGAGGACAGUGGGGACUGAGUGUGGAUCACAACUUAGUAUUUUCAAAUUUUUUUGUUGUUUGCUUGCAUUGUUUUUUUUUCUCAUUUUUUUCAUUUUUUAUCUGAUUUUUUUGUGUAUAGCAUAAUAAUUAUAGAAAUAUGUAUAGAAGAAUUGCAUAUGUUUACCAUAUAUUGUAUUACUUGUUUACAGAUGGGGUGGCAAUUUAGAACACAAGGUUUUGCAAGAGUAAAAGUUGGAAAUUAUCUAUUCAUAUGGUUUGAAAAUAAAAAUCUUUAAUAAAAAACUCAAUAAAAUUUAAUAAAACAAAAAUAGAGCACUUAAAAAAUUAUUUGCUUCCAGUUCUGCUACUGCUCUGUCUUUCCAUAUAUGUGAAAAGAGCCAUCUGGCAAAAAAAAAAAAAAUCUUUCUUAAAUAUGACUUUCUCUUGAAUUCCAUUAACUUCUGAAUUUUCUCUAUGUGGCUUUCAAGUCUUUCAUUUCCUGUUUACUUAAUUAAAUCCCUUCUUCCCUUGAAAGUAUAGUAGUCAGGAAUAAGUUGAUACUCAAGAAAGGCCUCACAGUUGCUAUUUAAAUCUGCACAGUAUGAUCUGUUCUCCUAACUCCAAAUUUACAACUUUCAUGCUGAGCUAAUUCACAAAUGAAUAGCUCUGAAGGGAAGAAAUGGCUCUCAGGAGACUUAUAUACCCCUUAAAUUUAAUACGUUGGAAAUAGAUAUUUGUUGAAAAAUAAUAAGACUCUAAAGACCUCAAUACUUAAUCUUAAGGACUUGUUUUAUUAGAAUGUAAGCUCCUUUAUUAUUUA